CGUCGCCGCCAUCGAAGCGCCACGGAGCGGCAAAACCCUAGGGCGGGGGGACGAUGGCCGGGAAGGCGGCGGCGACGGCGGCGGCGGAGACGGCGGCGAGGGUUUACCCGUGGAGGGACAAGCUUGCCAAGUACAAGGGGGAGCUGACCAAGGGGGUGUGGGGGUACUGGGAGCUCGGCGCCUGGAAGCCGCUCGGUAUCAGCGCCCGCAAGCGCGCGCGCCUCCGCAAGGAGGUCCUCCUCGCCGGCGAGGACUGGACCUACGACCCUCCCCGCGGCGAGAUGCGCACCAAGCGCAAGGGCCACAAGUGCGACCGCAUCGCCGCCGAGAAGCGUGCCAACACGGUUGAGCUCAUGAAGAAGAUGCCCCAGAUGCUCCUUGACUACAAGAAACGGAGAUGGGAGAAAAAGAUGAAAGAAGAGGAGGGUGGAAAGAGCUGAGCUCCAGGGGCUCAAUAAAGAUGCUGCUCUUCCUAAAUAAGGCUGAAUUUGAUGUAGUGGGUUCAAAUGAUGGCCGGAGGUGAUCUGUUUCUUUCCCUAGUUGGCCACUGGCUUUCCUGUUGCCUAAGGCACUUUGUAGUGCAGAUAUUUGAUUGCUUCUAUAGUUCCCAACACUUGGGUCAAUGAAUCAUGAUCCUAGCGAAGCCCAACUUCCACUGAGCAGGCUUACUGUUAUGGAUCAAAUUAUAAGCACACUUCUGUUGAUUCUGUUUCGCUACGGAAGAUGUUUUGUAAUGUCAGGAGCUCCAAUAGUACUUAACCUUUGCCAUUGAUGACUCAGGAACUGUGGCCAUUGCAGAUAAAACUUGUAGUUUCCAGAAUCCAGUAGUGUGCUGCCCAGUUGCUCCAAUGUGAUUCCCACAACUGCUACGCUGCCCAUUACCUUUGCAUCGUCAAGUUGCACUGGCUCCUCCAUUUUUUGUUUGACCUUUGGCCUGUUUAGAUCUGUAGCUGCCUUUGGAUGUGUUGUGCUGGCACAGGAAAGCAAAUCAAGCAGUAGGGACAGGCGUGUACAUGAGACGGCACGUUUUUGGCAGAUGGAAAGGCAAAGGGGUACCUGUGCAAAGUGGCAAUGGCACCCAGCAUUUCUCUGCUACUGCUGGGUAGCCUAUCACUACUAUCUAUCUAUCUUUGUUCUUGGCCUGGCUUUCCAGGGACCAAAAGGUCAGCCAUCCCCAUGCACGCACGCAUGGGACAAGAUCCUUCCGGCUCGAAUUGUUCUACUUCCUGUGAAACUCUUGCAUUCUUUUAUGCGUAAGCCUAAGUUCUGUUUCUGGUGAAAUUCCUGUUGCCA